AUGUCUAAACUGAAAACAUCACAGGGUUUCUCAAUGACACUGAAUGCCGGGCCUCCUAAGAGCUCGGCGGUCCUAAGGAUCCCCUUUCAAUCAGCACCCCGAAAUAAUCUGAAAAACGGCCACGCGCUCCCCCUCGAAAGAGCGCGGGGCUUCGGGGUAGGGACCUGCGGGGCGCGCGCUGGGGGCCCGCCUCCGUCUCCCGCACUCCGGCCACGCCUACCCCGCCCCCGGUCCUCUGCGCCCGCGAAGGCCUGGCACCGAGGGCUGGCCCCGCACGGCUGGCCCAUCCGCGAGCCUGGAGCAGGUGAAACGGCGGGGCAACCCUGCCCGCGUCCAGGAAGCCGACUUCUCGUACCUCCCCGGGGACCGAAAACCGCCGGUGCCGCCGCACCCGUCGCCGCCGCCGCUUGCUCAUGGAGAGCCCGUGCUGCCGCCGCCGCCGCUUCAUCUACUAGCACCGUCCGCUGUCUGGGCCUCCCCGGUGUGAGUGCGGGGCUCUGGCACGGCCUCCAUCGCACCCGCCGCGGCGGGAGCCACAGCAGCUCCAGCGCCCAGGCCCGAUCCGACCGGACCCACGGAGCCAGGACCGCAGGACGCGUAGCUUCUUAUUACGGAGGAAGAUUCGGCCUGACCUCCGCCCCCCUCCCCCCAGCCCCUAGUACCCAGCCGCCUGACGGCGCUGCUGCGCAGGCGCGAAGACGCCCCUGCCAAACGUGCGUGUGUCGGUGUGUAUACAGCGUCCAGAUUCGCCCAAUAGAAACCAAAAUCAGGUGCGGGGGGCGGGACCUUGCAAAGAGGGGCGGUGUUCCAGUGUUAGAGGGUGGGACGGGCAGCCGGAAGUGGGCAGGACUUGCGUGGAGGCGGAGCUUUGUUGGCAAUCCAGCCUGGCUUUUUGAGGGCUCUGAGACACCAUGUGAGAAGACUGCCAUGCUGGAGAGGCCACAUUCUGGUCAACAGAGUCAGCCAAGCCCAGUGGUCUAGUCAUCCCUGUUAUGGUGCCAGAUAUGUGAGUGAAGCUGUCUUGAAUCCUCCAAACUUCUCAUUUACCAGGUGAAUACCCCAAGUAGCUUCUCUUGAUACCACAAGGAAUGUAAAGAUCACCAAACUGAACCUUGUCCAAAUUCCUGAUUUUCUUAAUCAUGAGCUAUAAUAAAAUUAUUGUUUUAAGCAACUAUUUUUUUGAGCAGUUACAUAGUAUUAGAUAAGUGGAGCAAA